AUGAUCGAGUUCAAAUUUGUGCAUCGUUUUACGAACAUGGGGAAGGGAGCGGGAAAGGAUAAGGGCAGCUCCUCCAUCAGUGUGUGGAAAAAGGACCUCGGGCCGAAUCUGGGGGAUGUGUUUCUAAGAACCAGCUUAGAGGGCGCAAAAAAUGGGGAGGGGAGCAGACCAGUGGGCCUCCACCCCAACGGGGUGAUCAACCGCGGAAGUCCCCCCGCUGGUGGCAGUGGUGGUAGUAGUGGUGGUAGCAGCACAUGUAGCACCACCUGUGGCGGAAGUGCCCCCCCCGUGGAGGGCGGAGAAAGAAGGGUGAGCCUCAAAUUUACCAACUUCGCAUGCAGAGACGAAUUCAUAUUCGACGCAAACAUAACGUGCUUCCCAAACUACAUGCACAAGUCAUCCCUAAACAUAAAAAAAAAAAUAGACAUCUCCGAUCUUAUCAUUGAAGUGAGAGACGCCCGAUUGCCCUUUACCAGCACGAACGACUUCAUCAUGGAGAGUAUAGAAAAAAAAAACAAGGACAAAAAAAGAAUCAUUAUCUUAAACAAAGCCGAUUUAAUCCCCAAGAAAGUAGCCCUAAGUGCAAAAAGCAUAAUUGAAGAAAAAACAAAAAAUAUGUGCCUAUUGACAUCAGCCAAAUUCAAUAAAAGCAUCUCUAAAAUUAGGGACCUGUGUAGAGAUAUGAAGCCCCAAUUUAGGAGUCUCGGAUUAUUUACCUUGUUAGUGGGAUUACCCAACGUUGGCAAGUCCAGCAUCAUCAACUCCUUUAAAGAUGUAACGCAUAACUUAGCCAAGUAUGGACACAAGAAUAACAAAAUAGCCUUCGAAGUGAAUAGGAAGAAGGCCAAAACGAACGUCAUUGCAGGGACUACUCAGAUGAUCGACACGUAUAAGGUUUCAAACAACCCCCUGCUCUACUUUAUCGACACACCGGGGAUUUAUUUACCCAAAAUGGAAGACAAAGAAAUUAGCCUCAAGUUAUGUGCCAUAGGAAAUGCCCUCGAUUACAAGUACGACCACAUGUAUGUAGGAGAUUAUAUUUUGUACACUCUAAAUAAGAGGAUGAACUUCAACUAUGUUAAGAUGAUUGGCUUGGACGAACCAACCAAUGACAUUCGCUUCGUCUGCAAUGUCAUAGCGACUAAACUGAAUCUCUGUAGGAAUUAUAAGUACCUUGACAUGAAUGGUGGUUGUCGUUAUUUUAUUGAUAUGUUUCGCUUGGGCCUGUUUGGGCGUAUUUGCCUGGAUAAUGUGCCUCGCUCCACUGAAGACUUCGUCACCUACUUUGACUUCAACUCCGCGGAACCCCUCGCCGUGGACGCCAGCGCAGGCCCCGCGCCAUUCCGCGGCCUGCUCUAG